GGGCGGGGCCGGAGUUUGGGAAGCGGAGGGAAUGGCUGUCACCGGUGAAGUCAUGCUCGGCGCCUAGCUUCUCUCCGUCCCCGCUCCGCUGCUCGCCCAGAGCUAGCGGCGCGACACCCGGCGCGGCGCUCCGCCCGAGCGGAAGUGCUAUUCUGCUCAUUGAAAAGGAGACAGAAAAUAGAUGUCCACGCCCACAGACUCUGGUGCCAUGCCUCAUCCUGGUCCUUCCCCUGGACCAGGGCCUUCACCUGGACCGAUUCUAGGACCUAGCCCAGGACCAGGGCCAUCUCCUGGCUCAGUUCACAGCAUGAUGGGGCCAAGUCCUGGUCCACCCAGUGUCCCGCAUCAAAUGCCAGCAAUGGGGCCAACUGAUUAUCCACAGGAAGGCAUGCACCAAAUGCAUAAGUCCAUUGAUGGCUUGCAUGAGAAAGGAAUGGUUGAAGACGUUCACUGCAGCUCCAUGAAGACUAUGCGACCUCCUCACCCUGGAAUGGCCCCACCUCAGAGUCCAAUGGACCAGCAUAGCCAAGGUUAUAUGUCUCCACACCCGUCUCCACUAGGAGCACCAGAGCAUGUGUCCAGUCCAAUGUCUGGAGGAGGCCCAACUCCACCCCAGAUGACUCCCAGCCAACCAGGACCUAUUAUACCUGGAGACCCACAAGUUAUGAGUCAACCCAACAGAGGUCCUUCCCCUUUCAGCCCUGUACAGCUGCACCAACUUCGGGCUCAGAUUCUUGCAUACAAAAUGUUAGCUAGAGGUCAGCCUUUACCAGAAAACCUGCAGCUUGCUGUUCAGGGAAAACGGACCCUUCCUGGCAUUCAACAGCAGCAGCCUCCCAGUGCCUUCAACAGACAGUCUGGUAUUGGGAUGCAUGCAAUGAGUGGUGCUGCAACUGGACCAGGGCCUGCUGCAGGAAUACCCGGACAUACGGCUGCCAUUACCCCUAAAACUUGGAAUGAAGGCCAAACCCCAGAUAUGAGCGUCUCCAGUGCACCGCAGAAGCUUCCUGCACCGUCCCCUAGUGGGAGGCCUUCUCCUGCCCCCACUGCUGCCCAGCCUGCUGCUGCUAUGCCUGGGCCUUCUGUACCGCAGCCACCACCUGGACAGCCUUCUCCCAUUGUUCAGCUGCAGCAAAAGCAGAAUCGCAUCAGCCCUAUUCAAAAGCCGCAAGGAUUAGACCCUGUUGAAAUUCUUCAAGAACGUGAAUAUAGGCUUCAGGCACGAAUUGCUCACAGAAUCCAGGAACUGGAGAACUUGCCUGGUUCUCUGCCCCCUGAUCUGCGAACCAAAGCGACAGUGGAGUUGAAGGCACUUAGGUUACUGAAUUUCCAGCGCCAGUUGAGACAAGAGGUAGUAGCUUGCAUGCGUCGUGAUACAACAUUAGAGACAGCACUGAACUCCAAGGCCUACAAGCGAAGCAAGCGCCAGACUUUGAGGGAGGCCCGUAUGACAGAAAAACUUGAGAAACAGCAGAAGAUAGAACAGGAGAGGAAGCGUAGACAGAAGCAUCAGGAAUACCUGAACAGCAUAUUGCAACAUGCUAAAGAUUUCAAAGAGUACCAUCGGUCGGUGGCUGGCAAAAUUCAGAAACUUUCUAAAGCUGUGGCAACUUGGCAUGCCAACACUGAACGUGAGCAGAAGAAAGAAACUGAGAGAAUUGAGAAAGAAAGAAUGAGGAGGCUAAUGGCUGAAGAUGAAGAAGGCUACCGUAAGCUGAUUGACCAAAAGAAAGAUAGACGCCUGGCCUACCUAUUGCAGCAGACAGAUGAGUAUGUUGCUAACUUGACUAAUCUGGUAUGGGAACAUAAACAGGCACAAGCAGCCAAAGAAAAGAAGAAGAGGAGGAGAAGAAAGAAGAAGGCUGAAGAAAAUGCAGAGGGCAUGGCAUCUGGUCUUGGUCCCGAUGGAGAGCCCAUAGAUGAGAGCAGUCAGAUGAGCGACCUUCCAGUCAAAGUGACUCACACUGAAACAGGCAAAGUUCUUCUUGGUCCAGAAGCACCAAAAGCAAGUCAGCUCGAUGCUUGGCUGGAAAUGAACCCUGGCUAUGAAGUUGCUCCCAGGUCAGACAGUGAAGAUGAAAGUGGUUCUGAAUAUGAGGAGGAGGAUGAUGAAGAAGAAUCAAGCAGAUUAGAAGCAGAUGAGAAGAUACUCCUGGAUCCUAACAGUGAAGAAGUUUCUGAGAAAGAUGCUAAGCAAAUCAUUGAGACAGCCAAACAAGAUGUGGAUGAUGAAUACAGUAUGCAAUAUAGUGCUAGAGGGUCUCAGUCAUACUACACAGUUGCACACGCAAUCACAGAAAGGGUGGAAAAACAGUCUUCUCUUCUAAUUAAUGGCACACUAAAACAUUAUCAGCUUCAGGGACUGGAAUGGAUGGUUUCACUCUAUAAUAACAAUCUGAAUGGGAUUUUAGCUGAUGAAAUGGGACUGGGAAAGACUAUACAGACUAUUGCACUUAUCACUUACUUGAUGGAGCACAAAAGGCUCAAUGGCCCCUAUCUCAUCAUCGUUCCCCUUUCGACGUUAUCCAACUGGACAUAUGAAUUUGACAAAUGGGCUCCUUCUGUGGUGAAGAUAUCUUACAAGGGCACACCUGCAAUGCGCCGCUCACUUGUUCCUCAGCUUCGAAGUGGAAAAUUUAAUGUUCUUUUAACUACUUAUGAGUACAUAAUAAAGGACAAACAUAUCCUUGCUAAGAUUCGAUGGAAAUACAUGAUAGUAGAUGAAGGUCAUCGAAUGAAGAAUCAUCACUGCAAGCUGACUCAGGUCUUGAACACUCACUACGUGGCCCCUAGGCGAAUACUACUGACGGGGACACCAUUGCAGAAUAAAUUGCCUGAACUGUGGGCUCUUCUCAAUUUCCUUCUCCCAACUAUUUUCAAGAGCUGUAGCACCUUUGAACAGUGGUUCAACGCUCCAUUUGCCAUGACAGGAGAAAGGGUGGACUUAAAUGAAGAAGAAACUAUUCUUAUCAUCCGUCGUCUCCACAAAGUACUCCGACCCUUCUUGCUGAGAAGACUGAAGAAAGAAGUUGAGUCUCAACUGCCAGAAAAGGUGGAAUAUGUGAUCAAAUGUGAUAUGUCUGCUCUCCAGAAGAUCCUGUACCGACACAUGCAGGCCAAGGGAAUUCUUCUUACAGAUGGUUCUGAGAAAGACAAGAAGGGAAAAGGUGGCGCAAAAACUCUUAUGAACACCAUCAUGCAACUGAGAAAGAUAUGCAAUCAUCCAUAUAUGUUUCAGCAUAUUGAGGAAUCGUUUGCUGAACAUUUAGGCUACUCAAAUGGCGUCAUCAACGGAGCUGAACUUUAUCGGGCCUCAGGGAAGUUUGAGCUACUUGAUCGCAUUCUACCAAAGUUACGAGCUACAAACCAUCGUGUGCUUCUUUUCUGUCAAAUGACAUCACUUAUGACCAUUAUGGAAGACUACUUUGCCUUUCGAAAUUUCCUCUACUUGCGUCUUGAUGGCACAACGAAAUCAGAAGAUCGAGCUGCUCUCUUAAAGAAGUUCAAUGAGCCUGGGUCACAAUACUUUAUCUUCUUGCUGAGUACCAGGGCUGGAGGGCUAGGCUUGAAUCUCCAGGCUGCUGAUACAGUUAUAAUCUUCGAUAGUGACUGGAAUCCUCACCAGGACUUGCAGGCACAAGAUAGAGCUCACCGAAUUGGUCAGCAGAAUGAAGUUCGAGUUCUGCGACUAUGCACUGUGAACAGCGUGGAAGAGAAGAUUCUUGCUGCUGCAAAGUAUAAGUUGAAUGUAGAUCAAAAAGUUAUUCAGGCUGGAAUGUUUGAUCAGAAGUCUUCAAGUCAUGAAAGGAGGGCUUUUCUGCAGGCUAUACUGGAGCAUGAAGAAGAAAAUGAGGAGGAAGAUGAAGUUCCUGAUGAUGAGACUCUGAAUCAGAUGAUUGCUCGACGUGAGGAGGAAUUUGAUCUCUUUAUGCGUAUGGACAUGGACCGUCGUAGAGAGGAUGCCAGAAACCCCAAGCGCAAGCCCCGCUUGAUGGAGGAGGAUGAAUUGCCAUCUUGGAUUAUUAAGGAUGAUGCUGAAGUUGAAAGGCUCACAUGUGAAGAAGAGGAAGAAAAGAUAUUUGGAAGAGGAUCCCGUCAACGCAGGGAUGUGGAUUAUAGUGAUGCUCUCACAGAGAAACAGUGGCUGCGGGCAAUCGAAGACGGCAAUUUGGAAGAAAUGGAAGAGGAAGUACGGCUUAAAAAGCGGAAGAGAAGAAGAAAUGUGGAUAAGGAUUCUGGAAAAGAGGAUGGAGAGAAAGCAAAGAAAAGAAGAGGCAGACCUCCUGCAGAAAAAUUGUCACCUAACCCACCUAAACUGACAAAACAAAUGAAUGCUAUCAUUGAUACAGUGAUAAACUACAAAGACAGUUCUGGACGGCAGCUAAGUGAAGUCUUUAUUCAGCUUCCAUCAAGGAAAGAACUACCAGAGUACUAUGAAUUGAUUAGGAAACCGGUGGACUUCAAAAAAAUUAAGGAAAGAAUUCGCAACCAUAAAUAUCGGAGUCUUGGGGACCUGGAGAAGGAUGUCAUGUUGCUGUGUCAUAAUGCUCAGACAUUCAAUCUGGAGGGAUCACAGAUCUAUGAGGAUUCCAUUGUUCUUCAGUCUGUGUUCAAAAGUGCACGACAGAAGAUUGCCAAAGAAGAAGAAAGUGAGGAUGAAAGCAAUGAUGAUGAAGAUGAUGAUGAUGAAGAGGAGUCAGAGUCAGAAUCAAAAUCAGUGAAAGUCAAAAUCAAGCUGAAUAAGAAGGAUGAAAAAAGUCGGGAGAAAGGAAAAGGCAAGAAGAGGCAAAGCCGAGCAAAAGCCAAACCUGUUGUGAGUGAUGAUGAUAGUGAUGAGGAUCAAGAUGAAAAUGUAAGUUUUGUAAACUGAGACUGUGGAAGUGGUUACACUGAUUGCGUCUCUGCCCUGUCCUGCUUGCUGUCAGAAUUCUCACCUAUUCAUGCUUAAGCACAUAUUUAAUCUGUAUUCAUCAUCUUGAGAGAAUUUGGUAAGGGUGUUAACUGUAUCUGGCUGUGUUUAGGAGAUCUGGUCCCAGUGCUGAAAGACAAGAAGUCUUAAUAGCUUGGAGAAGAAGUUUGGAGAAAAAGCUCCAAGAAGUUUGGAGCUUUUUUCUUGGAGCUGUUCCUACCAUCUUAGAAACUUUAAACCUUGUGCUUUGUUUGCUUUCAUCCCCAAAUGAAAAACUCUUAGCUUGAUUUUUUUUUGUAGUUGCUUCUAUAAAUGCAACAAAUGAAAACAGACCUCUUCCCAUUUGUUUUUUAACAUCUGGAUAGAUAGAAAUACUUGAUGUUUCAUUACUUGGUGUCUUUUCUUCUCUAAAGAAGCCUGCAGCAACUAAAUUAAAUGUCUUGAAAUAUUAGAUAACUACAUUUCUUAAGACUACUUCGAUGUGUCAAUUUAAUUGUCAUCUUUCUUCCCUUUUCUUUUUUCUUCUUUAACAAAUUCCACAGAAUAGCUGGCAAAGAAUUUCUGACUUGUCUUGUGUCUCUUACCUCUAGGACCAGUCGGAAGCAAGCGGAAGUGAUGAUGAGUGAUCCAUAGGGUUUAUUUUCUUGGCAGAACUGACCCCUUCCCCUUCUCUUCUCCCUUCUCCUAUUUUAUGCCCAGUGAAUUCAUUUUGUCAAAUAGACAUUGGGUUAUUUCUGUAUUCUCAUCCUCUAUAAAUUAGCUUUAGGAUAGUGCCAGACAAACAUAUGAUAUCAUGGUGUAAAAAAAAAAAAAAAGAAAGAAAAAAAAAAAAAGUAAUGUUGUGACCAAAUGGGCCUCAAAGAUUUAAAAAACAAGACAAAAACACAACAAAAAAAGUUUUUGAUGGAAAAUGUGGGUUAGUAGUAUAUUUCUAUGGGCUGGGUUUAGCUUGGUAUGGUUUGGUUUUGCCUGGUUUUAUCAUUUGAUAAGAAGUUUUUAAGUGGCAUUGGAAAGACACACACAAAAAAGUCUUUUGUAGCAUUGAUAACCAGGAGAAGCCAUUAAAAGUCACUGGUUAUUUUAUUGUUCAUCAGGCAGUUUUUGAGGUUUUUAUUUCUUCUGUAUUUUUUUUUUUUACACUGUGGUACAUAUAUGCAACUUUGUUUAAUAGCUUAUAUUUGUACAGUAGUUAGCCUUCAUCCAUUUUGUCUCAUUUAUGUUCUUCCAUUUAUGCUUGACGAUCUUCAGAAAAAUGCUUUUUGAAUUGUAUCAAAUUUAUGUCUACUGUAAACUUUGCUUAACUUUUUUCUCCUUGAUUAAAAAAGUUGGGUUGAAAAAUGCUAUUGAAUAUUGCAAUCUAUAUAGUGUAAUGGAUGGCUUCUUUCAUCAGACUGAUCUUCUAUGUUACCAAUGUGGAUUAUCACCUUUUCCCUAAAGUGUACUUAAUCUUUGCUUUCUUUGCACAAUGUCUUUGGUUGCAAGUCAUAAGCCUGAGGCAAAUAAAAUUCCAGUAAUUUUGAA